AUGUCCGAACAAUACAAAGGUCAAGACCUCAUGGACAUCGCCAAACAGGCGGAACAAGAUCUCGCCUCACCCGACCUCAAGCACGGCGCUCAAGAUGGAGGGUUUGGCGGCAAAACAGUCCCUGGAGGAAGCGUCAGCACAACCGAGUCCGGCAUCGAUCAAUCAGUAACCAAUAAAUUCCCCGGCAGCACCGCCGAGUACGGCACCAAGGUCUCCGGGGCAGAGGACAACAGAGAGAUCCCGGUCGAAGAGGGUGGUGGCAUCCAGAAAGGUACUGGAAGACCGACCAAGGCUGGCGACUUUGAGAAAGGUGCCGCCGGUGAGGGACCGGAGGAUGUGAGCAGGAAAUAUGCUGAGCAAAACGGUGGGAAUGAUGAUGUGAGGACUAAUGUCAAGAACACGACGGCAUGA